AUGUGUAUCGUCAAAACUACCCCCAGAACCUGCGGCAACUGUGAAGCCGAGGAUUUCGCACUUAUCAGCAAGGAGGAAUGCCAAGCCGUCGAGGAUCGUAAGGACUGUCCGGGAAAGAAGGAGAUUGUGGUCAACGAGGCAUGGCUGUGUCCAGCAUGCAAUGCCAACACAGCUCGUGGCACGUGCUACACGGAGCCAUAUGACUAUCAGCCAAAGAUCCGACAGGAAGUCGCCAAGAAAGAGACUGGUUCCUUCGCGGAUAAGGUCAAGAAGGUGUUUGGCAAGAAGUAG